UAUAUCCUUCCAAUUCCCCACUUUUAUAUCUCUUCUCCUUCACUAUUCUCCUUUCCUGUCUCAAAACUCGAAUCUUUCUAACUCAUCCAGGCGUUGUUCGCCGAAUUCCAGCUUUCUCCAUGGCUGCCGUCCAGGACGAGAGCAAAUCCGCUUCUCAUCCACUGUACCCUGAUAUGAUAUUGGCUGCCAUUACUGAUCUCGGGGAGAAAGACGGGUCCAGCAAGCUAGCGAUUUCAAAACAAAUAGAGGCUACUUACGGAAACCGCCUUCCGGCUGACCACUCUGCCAUACUUUCCGAUACACUCGCUAAACUAAAGGAUUCCGGCAAGCUUUUGUUUGUGAAGAAUAACUAUCUGCAGCCGGAUGCCGACCCUCAGCCGCGGAGAGGUCGUGGUCGUCCCCCGAAAUCCAGGCCAGAUCUUCCUGAAGGUGCAGCGCUUCAAUCUCCGAAGCCUCGCAGUCUACCUGCAAAGAAUAAAGAUCCAUCCUCUGCUUCUGCUGGAAAGAAACGUGGUCGUCCACCUAAGAAUUCAAAAACAAAUGGUGAUUCUGUUCCGGCGGCUGGUGUUGCAAAGCCGACGGGCCCGAAGCGCGGAAGGGGACGACCGCCUAAAGUGAGUUCGUCGGCAGCGGAGGAAUCAUCGGAGUAAGUUAGACGAGGAGGUGACAGGGGAUGCGGUAAAGGUUGGAUUAGGGGAUGAUGGUUAUGUACCACGGUUGGCUGAGAUUAUAUUUUGUAGUUUUAGCUAUUUUUAGGUUUUGUUUUGCAUGUAAAAUGCGUUGAUGUAGUUUUGCAAAUGAAAGUGACUGAUUUGAUGUUAUGUUUGCUGGGUUGCUGCUUUCAUUUUGGCUAUUUUACUUUUAUAAUUUUGAAAUUUUGUGUUUCGGGGACUUGUAAAUCCAAGUAAGUGGUCCAGAUGAGUUAAAAAUCUUGCUUUUUUAUU